ACUCCAGACCGCUGAUGGUUUAGAACAGGAAACUCGCAUAGUUCUGUAGUUUUUGUUUUGGCACGGAAUAUUUUAAUUUUUGUUAUGUGUUACGAGAAAUAUCGGAAUUACGUUUAACAAAGUCAAUGAAACUAUAAACUGUGUAUAUAAUUGAGAGUGUGAUAAUAUAGUCAGAAAUACGUUAAAGAAUGUAAAAAUAAUUCAUGGAACCUCGCCCAUCCUUUCACAGGGGUUGUUCCUUAUGUAUACAGAGAAACGAUAAAACUGUUUAAUUUGUCGAUGAAGGUGUCAACUGAACUGGAGAUAAGCCUGUCAUGUUGUACCUGGUUUCUAUAACUGUUAUGUGUUUUUUUACAAGUGAAGUACAGGCUUUUGAAGUGAAGUACUUCGGAAAGAAAAUAGUUCAAGAAGGAUACCCAUUCUCUCUUGAAUGUGAAAUCUCUGAAUUUGACAUUCCGAAGUGGACAAAGGACGGUGUAGUGAUAGUACCGAGUGAACAAAAUAAUUACACACUUAGUCACAAAGAACUGAGAAAUCACCAAAUCCGACUUCGUUUGUCAGUAGAUUUUGCGCAGCUUCACCAUGAGGGAGAAUAUCGAUGUAAUAGUUUCAGUCGAGAGUCUCAUCGUUUAUAUAUAGUUUCUGUGGAUUAUCAGAGAAUCAAAGAAAUAGAAGAAACUACGAAGAAAAAAGACUUUGUUCAGAACAUUGUACUUCAAAUUGGUAAAACAUUUCAACUGCAAUGUAACCUUGAUGACGUAGCUGUAUUUCAAGUGAGCUGGUACAAAAAUGGACAUAGGAUUGUUCCUGAAAAAGGAUCUAAUAUGGUUCUAAAAGAUGAUAAGUUGAUAGUUAAUGAAGCUGAAGAAGCUGAUGCUGGAGAAUAUAGUUGCACUGUGGAUCCUUCUUCUCUCUCUCGACCUGUGGCUAUUGGUCAACAUAUUCAAGUCCGUUCACCUGUUCGAGUAGAAAAGUUUCCAGAAACAAUAAGUGUUGUUCUGCAGAGAAACCUAACAUUAGAAUGUCAUGUUCAUGGGUAUCCUAUCCCCACAGUCUUCUGGUUUAUUGGUAAUGAACCUGUCGAAGAAGUCCAAAAAAACAAUUCAAGGUUGGUUUUAUUUUCCAAUGAGGAUGGCUUACCAGGUGCAAUCUUAUUUUUGCGUAACGUCACAUUCAACGACAGAAAUCUCUAUACCUGUGUUGCACAAAAUGUAGUCAACUCGUACGAAGCUUCAGUAUUUGUGAGCAUUAGAGCUACAAUGAUUCACACUAAUGAAGAAGUGCCAGGACAAGGAAUCAUUUUAAAGCCUCCACAGCCUCUGUAUCUUGUAUGCAACACAACUGAUGAUCUGUCUUUAAGUGUUGUGUGGUACAAAGAUGGAUUACCUUUAAAUGGUAAUGAAAGAAUCAAGAUCUUCUCAGAAAAUAAUUCUGUCAUUGUGAAAAUGACAACUGAAAGUGACACUGGUGAAUACACGUGUGCUGUAACUAAACCUAACAUCAACUCUACUAUCCUUGUACGAACACACACAGAGUUUUAUGAACAUUUUCCCAAUUCACUAAACCUUGUGCAGGGAGACAAGCUAGUUUUAACUUGUAAAGUGAAAGGAGCUCCAAUACCAAUUGUUACAUGGUUAAAAGAUGAAAUGCCACUGAAUACUUCAGAUCCACGUAUUAAACUGGAGAAUAGUGAUCGAGGAGUCCCUGAUGCUAAGCUGGUCAUUGAAAACCUAGAUUAUGAUGAUCGAGCUUAUUACACUUGUGAAGCAAACAAUGGUGUGAACAAUGUAACAAACACUGUACUAGUUCGAGUUAAAGAUAAGUUAGCUGCACUUUGGCCAUUUUUGGGAAUCUGUGCUGAAGUGGCUGUUCUUUGUGCUAUUAUUUUCAUUUAUGAAAAGAAGCGAGUGAAGCAAGACUUUGAUGAAUCUGAUACUGAUCAAAAUGUGGACAAACUUUAGGUUCCAUUAUUUCUUCUGAGAAGGUUUUGGUCAUAAUUUGCUGUGAGUUGAAGUCCAUCAUGCAGCCUGCUGUGUCUCCUGACUCAAAACCAGACAUAUCAUUUCCUGGGGAACCUGGUCAGGAUGAUGAUGAUUUGGAUAGCCUGUUCCCACCUCCUUUCUUUGCCAUGCAAUCCUGGGUCACACCCGUGGAUGCCACAAAGCUUUUUCCGUCUUCCUUAGUAUGGUGUCCCAGGUAUGUUAC